GCUUCCGCCAUUUUCCUCCUUGGUUAGCUUCAAAACCCUCCCUGUAACAAUGAUCUCCGACAAAAUCUACCCCGAAUUGAUGACCACCGGAACCCUCUCCUCCAAACACGUCGAUUUUUCUGAAUUUAUGGACACUGGAAGUCUCUCCGAACACCAAAAUUAUUAUCUCAUAUGGAAGUCUAAAAUCCUGUUCGUUCUCGCCGACUAUGGACUCGACGACGUUCUCACUACCCCAGUCGACUCCACCGACCCGCAAUGGCUCAAGCGAGACGAUUCGGCGCGUUCCUUCCACAUCCUCCCCAGCCUCGACGAAGAUUUAUGUACCACAUACUUACAUCUCCCCACCGCGAAGUCGAUCAUGGACGCCCUCGAGAACCGCUUCAACUCUGCUGUUGUGCGGAAAAUGCAUCUCUUCAGAUGUUACCGCAACCACAAAAUGGAGCCCGACAUGCCGAUCAAUAAGCACAUAUUCCGUAUGCGGGCCAUGGCGACAGCGCUCGAGUGUGCCGGAAUUAGGGUUCCCGACGAGAUGCAGGCGGUGUUGUUACUGAACAGCGUGCCGGAGGAUUGGUGUGAGGAUGUCGAGAGGGUGCAGUUGGGGCCGAAUGGGUGUUUGGAGGAAUUGAGUCUCCAUAAUGCGACCUUGAGGUUGAGGAUUGCGAGUGAUGCUAGGAUGUUGAAGAACUAUGCUAAUAAUAACAAGGGAUUCAAACUUGUUUGCAAUAUCUGUGGAAACAAAGGUCAUCGAAAACGCGAUUGCCCAGAAGCUAUAAGACUAGAGGAAAGUUUCCAUUCACAGGAUCCAGACUUCUCAGAUCUCAUUGGAAUGGCUUAUAAUCUACUUAAAUACAGAUUGAGACUUAACACUUCUGGGUCUAACUUCUACUCGUGGGAGAUUAGGCUUUCUGAAGUGUUCCGUAUCAGUAAAGUCAGUUAUGUCUUGAAGGACCCAAAACCCUCUGAGAAGGAUGUUGAACAUAGUAAGAAAUGGCUAGCUGAUGACUUAGUUUGCCGCCAUCUUAUGCUUGGUGCAGUAGAUGAUGAUCUCUUCCUCAGUUUCCAUGGCUACCCCUCUGCCAAGUCUAUGAUGGAUGCUAUCAAGGCAUUCUUUAGUUUCUGCUCUAAUGCUCGGCGUAAGCUUCUGCUUAAAAAAUACAUGGACCAUCAAAUGUCUGAGGGCACACCCAUAGUUAACCACAAUUUCAAGAUGGAAAGGUUAGCACUGAAGCUGAAAAGAGCAGGGGUAACUAUCCCUGAUGAGUUGCAAGCAUUUACUUUGAUGGAUAGCAUGCCAGAGUCAUGGGUUGACUCAUUGAUAACACUGACAUUGGACAUGGACCUCAAGGAAAAAGAAAUGGACCUUAAAGCAGUGAGAGCAAGGCUGUUGGAAGUCGGUCAAAUAAAAGAUUUGAUGGCACGUCAAGAUGAGACAGAAAUGUCCAGUAAGAAGCUUGUUAGGAAAUCCAAUAAGGCUGUCAAGGGUAGGUGUUUUUCUUGCGGGAGGCAAGGCCACUAUACAUCUGAAUGUCCAUACAAAGGUAGUUACUAGGUAGUAUCUAGUGACUUUAGAAAA